GUGCCUCCCAAUCGCUCUUCCUAAGAUUAUUCCCCAAUGGGGCACCUAGCAGUACUUCUGCUAACACAGAUAACGACACUCCUCCAUUGUCGACAAAGCCACGCCUAUAAAAAAAUUUGCCAAGCUUCAGUGCUGUAUCUUCGUUAUAUAAUAAAAAGUAAUCACGAUGGAGCUUUUUUAUGUCACCACCUACAUGACAGCCAGCUUUCAGUACUUUGGGAGACCGGAGAAGAGCACAGAGUGAUGCUGGUACACUAUCAAACUGGUGUAUUAGUAGUAUAAAAACAUCGUUCUAAAGAAAGUUAGUCAGAUUACCGGGUAACCAUACGGUUAUACAGAUGCUGCUAUGAUAAUAGAAUGUUAUACCUUGUAUGCUAG